AUGAUGGAAGAAAUCUCCAUAACGGUGGCUUACGAUGCCCAUGUUUUUAGCCAGCUGUACGAUGAAGACUUUCUGGCCAAUCUGGUGGCCGUCAGCAAACCCAAAUCUGUGGUGCCAACAAAAAAGCUGAAGAAAUAUGAGAGAGAGUACCAAACAAUGCGAGAGAGUCAGCUGCAGCAGGAAGAUCCCAUGGACAGAUACAAGAGGGAGAACCGUCGGCUCCAAGAAGCAAGCAUGAGGCUGGAGCAGGAGAACGAUGACCUUGCCCAUGAGCUUGUAACAAGCAAAAUUGCCUUACGGAAUGACCUGGACCAGGCUGAAGACAAAGCGGAUGUUUUGAACAAGGAACUGCUCCUGACCAAACAGAAGCUAGUGGAGACUGAGGAAGAGAAGCGGAAGCAGGAAGAGGAAACUGCUCAGCUGAAGGAAGUCUUCAGGAAGCAGCUAGAGAAGGCAGAAUCUGAGAUUAAGAAAACCACAGCCAUUAUUGCAGAGUAUAAACAGAUUUGUUCCCAGCUGAGUACCAGGCUGGAAAAACAGCAAGCAGCCAGUAAAGAUGAACUGGAAGUUGUGAAGGGUAAAGUGAUGGCCUGCAAACACUGCAGUGAGAUUUUCAGUAAGGAGGGGGCCCUGAAGCUGCCUGCGGUAAGCACGGAGAAUAAAGGCAUAGAAACAGAUGAUGAGAAGGAUGCACUGAAGAAGCAGCUGAGAGAGAUGGAGCUGGAACUUGCACAGACCAAACUGCAGCUUGUGGAAGCCAAGUGCAAAAUUCAGGAGCUGGAGCACCAGAGAGGAGCCCUUAUGAAUGAAAUCCAAGCUGCCAAAAACUCUUGGUUUAGCAAAACCCUGAACUCUAUCAAAACGGCCGCAGGCACGCAGCCCCCGCAGCAGCCUCAGCCGCCCCUGCCACCCAAGGAGGGCAGCACAUAGUUCCAGCCAGACCCAUACAGAGCACAAAGACCACCGCAGCUGAAAGCCUGGGGCAUUCUUCCAGUGGUCUCUCCUCUUGGGGAAAGGACAAAAGGCAGGAGUGCAGGCUUGAAGUGAAAUUCUUCGGUGUUUUUCAUUCAUUCUGAUGUGACCCUUUUCAAAGGAGGGGGGGGAAAAAAUUACUUCCUGUUUUAUGUUGAAUUCUUACUUCCCAAACUGCCUUGCUGAAAGCCACGUUCUGAUACCUUCAUACUUUUACACUUUAUUUUAUAUGACUAGAUGUUAAAUAAAUACUU